CGCGCGACAUGGAGGUAGAUAGGUCAAAUUGGGCAAGUGAGUAAUGAUACGAGAGAGAGGGAGGGGCAGCUGAUAUCGGAGCUGUCUUGGAUUUGGAUCUGGGGUAUAUAAAGGUCGUAGAGGGACGCGGGGUGAGAGAGAGUGUGUGUGGAUAUUGUAUAAGAGUUGAGAGUUAAGAAUUCAACCGCGGAAUCGAAGCGUAUUCUUCUCUUUCUUUUUGGAUAUUUAUUUGUCUUUUGAUAUACAGUCUAUACUGUAUACUGAGUGUGUGAGAAGUGGAGAAGUGAUAGUAAAGGAGAGUCAUCCGACCAGCGGAAGAAGCAAAUAUCAAAUAUCAAACAUCAAACCGCAAACAACAAACAGCAAGCAGCAAAAAUGGCGACUCACAAUACGGCAAAUACUAGUCCAAGGGACGAACAACAACAACAAAAGAAAGAAAAGAAAGACCAGUGGUCCCCUGAAGAUUACAAAACGUCAGCGUCCUUUGUCCCAGAGCUCACUACAAAGGUAGUACAGCUUCUAGACCCUCGUCCGGGUGAUCGGAUUCUGGACAUUGGUUGCGGCGACGGGGUACUCUCCGUCAAGAUUGCCCAAGUCGCUUCAGAAAUGCUGGGGCUUGAUUCGUCUGCAGCAAUGAUUGCAGGUGCACGUCAGAAGCUCAAGGGAAGCACUGCGUCAGGAUUUGAGGUGGCUGACUGUCGGUACAUUGCGCAAGAGUUGGACAACAAGUUCGGACAGCCAAUGAAAUGGCAGGGCACGUGGGACAAGGUCUUCUCGAAUGCAGCCCUGCAUUGGAUCCUCAGGGAUCCGGCAACCCGGAAACAAGUGUUCCACGACAUCUACGCGGCGCUUAAGCCCGGCGGAACGUUUGUGUUUGAAAUGGGAGGCGCGGGUAACGUGAGCGAAGUCCAUACGGCGCUCGUGGCGGCAACUGCGCAAGAAGGCGCGCUGAGCAUUGAGGCGGCACGCAAUCUCAGUCCCUGGUUCUUUGCAGAUGAAGAUUGGAUGCGAAAUGUGCUGGAAGACGCGGGCUUUGAGGUCCUCGGUCUCGAGUUGGAGUACAGACCUACAAAGCUGACGGCGGACAAGAAUGGGGGUAUUGCUGGCUGGGUGCGUUUGAUGGGCAGUCCUUUUCUUGAUGCGCUCCCUGCGGACCGCCGCGAUGCUGCUGUCGAGAAGGUCGUGGGCUAUGUCCAGAAUUCUAUAGCCAGAGAGGAUGGCACCGCGUGGCUGGGAUAUGUCAGGCUUCGGGGCAAGGCGCAGAAAUGUGUGGCUUAGUAUCGUGGCCUGCGCCGAGGUCGGUAAUUGUUUAUAUAUUUUUUCUACAGUUUGGUUCAUGCGGGUAGUCCUGGUCCGAAUUCUGGUUUAGGCUCUUGUGUCUUUUAAUAGUUUGGUCAUGCUGCAGCGUUUGCUAGUGACAGGUUUCUCUUGCAAUUGUAUCACGUUUCUGUAGUUCGUAUGGAAUUUCUUGUCUGAAUCAAUCAAUCUUUGGAGAACUCUGAUGAAUUUUUUUUGUUGUUUGUUGUUUUGGUUAAUUUAAGGGG